UAUUAAUUUAUAGGACAUACUGAUUGCUUUUUCUUGUGCGUGAAGGUUACACAAUAACUUUGAACACUGGAGUGAACUUACAUUGUAUUCGGUAUUGCAGAAAUUCUAUUUGUUACUGUCGAAAUUCUAUCUUGAUGAAAUUAAGUAGAUAACAUGUUUUUAUCUCUAUCCGCAUUUCAUGUACCCGCUCUAGUCAGUGAGACUCACCGCACAAUUAUUAAUACAGAGGACAUAGUGAUUGCUUUUUCUAGUGCGUGAAGGUCACAAAAUAACUUUGAACACUGGAGUAAACAUACAUUGUAUUUGUUAUUGCCGAAAUUUUAUUUUGAGGCGAGAACUUCCCCGAUUCAGGCCCGGGAUCCAGGAAGUCCACUGUAACAUUAUAUCGGGUCAGGCGGUAUUGAAAAACAUAUCCCGCGCACAUAUACUUCGAAGUUCAUUGAACACGCAGAAUAGCCGUGCAGAUAACUCAACGACACGAAAAUCGGAACUGCAUUUUGGAUUUGAACUAUUCCUGGGAAACAAUUUGUUUGUUCAAUCUCUGGACCCGUGAAUCUUCGAAUCUUCUAAAAAGGCCACUAUCAGAAUCAUCCUCAUCACCAUGAAAGGCGAAAUGCUGUUUAUAAUGUUGCUAUGUUUAGCAGCGACUGCACAUUGCUAUCCUACGUACCGCGAAUCCAACUCAACCUACAUGGGAAAGCGCAAGGAGUUCUUGGCUGAUGAAGCCAAUCUCGUUAUUGGCUCAAGUCUCGUACUCAACGAGAAAGAGCAGAAAGUGAACGAGAUUUUACUGAAAGCGAAGGAGAGGGAGUUUUCUCGAGGCUUUAAGCGCACGUUUCCUCCCGCCGUGAACUUUCUGAAGGGCAAACCGUUGGUUGAAAACAGCACAGUCUUUCAGAUCAUCAAACGAAUGCCGAAAGGGGGUAUUCUCCACAUCCACGAGGUAUCCAUGGCCAAUGCCAGCUGGGUCGUGAAGAACAUUACGUACCUCCCCCAUCUAUUCUACUGUGUCAAAAACGACUACUAUUCAUCUCUCCGAUUCAACUUCUCGACCACGCCCCUCACGCAGAGCCCGCCGGAUUGCGUAACAGAUUGGGUGUCCGUGGCCAGUGCGCGUGCGCAGAUGGGUGCCGACAUUUUCGACCAAAUAUUACAUCAUAACAUCACCAUGGCUGCUCAAAAUCCUGACGUGGCCUACCCAAACAUUACGAUGUCCUGGAUGAGAUUUGCCCUCGCUCUUAGCCCCUUGACAGAUCUGUUCUUCACGACCUCGGCGUUCAGACUGUUCAUGUGGCACAGCCUUGAACGGAUGGUACAGGACAAUGUUCAGUACGUCGAGAUACGAACGCUCUUAAAGCCGCUCCAAUAUCUUAACGGUACGAAAAGCUCUCAAGAACACACUCUUCAGGAGUAUAUCAGAGUAUUAAAGGACUUCACCGACCAAUACCCAAAUGACUUUGUGGGAGGCAAAAUCAUUUCAUCAUCACUCAGAUAUCCUCUCAACAAAACGCUCGUAAGAGAUCAGGUUUAUUUAGGAAUGGAUUUCCGAAAGAAGUACCCAGAAUUCUUUGCAGGGUAUGACCUUGUAGGAGAAGAAGAUAGUGGAGGACCUCUGAUCGAUUAUAUCGAUGAGCUGCUCAUCCCGACAAAGCUGGGAAUGGAUCUUCCUUACUUUUUUCAUGCUGGCGAAACAGAUUGGGAAGGAGAGUUUGUGGAUAAGAAUCUCAUUGAUGCAGUCCUUCUCAACACCUCUCGUAUCGGGCAUGGUUACGCAAUCGGUAAACAUCCUGUUGUCAUGGAAACGAUCAAAUCAAAAGGCGUCGCGAUUGAGAUCAACCCGAUAUCUAAUCAGGUCCUCCAUCUGGUGCACGACAUCCGAGACCACGUGGGCGCAAGCCUGAUCGCCGACGACUACCCGGUGAUCAUCAGCUCCGAUGACCCUGGAGCGUGGGAGGCCUUGCCCCUGUCACACGACUUCUACAUGGCUUUCAUGGGCAUGGCGGGAGAGACCACGGGAUUGAAGCUCCUCAAACAGCUGGCGUUGAACACCAUCAAAUACAGCGCAAUGGCCAAAGCAGAGCAGACCACAGCGAUGGCGCUAUGGCAGGCAAAGUGGGACAAAUUUGUAACCGAGAUGGUAGCGGAGUACAGCAACGAAAAGCGUCUGCAUGAUGAAUUGAACUCUGUCGAUGCUCAAAAAAGACCCGACAAUAAGUACAGCAACUGAUAUUUGUUUACUGAUAUUGAUUAUUUUCGAAAUAAUGAUAAAAAUCACUCCGAAGACUGAGGAAACAAACUUUUGCACACGAUUCGUUAUUUGCCUGACGCAUCAGGCGCGGAUCCAGGAUUUCUUAGGGGGGGGGGCCCAAUUUUGAAAUUAUGCGAGCCAAAUAUU